CGGAACGCGUCCCCUAACCGACACCGCGUCCUCGGGACGCCAUGGGGGACGCGCGCUGUGCCCCGCUACUGCUACUUCUGCUGCUACCGCUGCUGCUCACACCGCCCGCCGGGGAUGCCGCGGUCAUCACCGGGGCUUGCGACAAGGACUCUCAGUGCGGAGGAGGCAUGUGCUGCGCUGUCAGUAUCUGGGUUAAGAGCAUAAGGAUCUGCACACCUAUGGGCCAAGUGGGAGACAGCUGCCACCCCCUGACUCGGAAAAGUCAUGUUGCAAAUGGAAGGCAGGAAAGAAGAAGGGCCAAGAGAAGAAAGAGGAAGAAGGAGGUUCCAUUUUGGGGGCGGAGGAUGCACCACACCUGUCCCUGCCUGCCAGGCUUGGCGUGUUUAAGGACUUCUUUCAACCGGUUUAUUUGUUUGGCCCGGAAGUGAUCACUCUGAAGUAGGAAUUUGAAAUGUGACCUUCCGCUGCACAAUGUCUGUCAAGUCUCACUUGUAAUUGUGUCAAACAAAGAAUGCGUCAGAAAGAAAUGUUCUUCUCCCUUCCUCAACUUUCCAAGUAAUGUUUCUAUCUUUGAUUUUUGAAGUGGCUUUUUUUUUCCCUUUCUUUGAAGGAAAGUUUUGAUUUUUGGAGAGAUUUAUAGAGGACUUUCUGGCGUGACUUCUCAUUUCCCUGUUUAUGUUUUGCCUUGACAUUUUUUUGAAUGCCAAUAACAACUGUUUCCACAGAUAGGAGAAUAAGAGUGAACAGUCUGUUGCACAAACUUGCUUUUGCCCUUUGCCUCACUCUUCCUGCCCCGCCCCUUACUCUUCAAAGACUCUGAUGAUCCUCACCUCACUGUAGCAUUGUGGGGCCUCUACACUCCUGGCCUUGCUGGUGGACCCACUGAGGAGGCUCAGAGAGCUAGCCCUGUACAGGUUUGAACCGGAUCCCCCAGGCAGCUCAUUUGGGGCAGACGUUGGGAGUACUCCAGAAAGCUUCCUGCACCCAUCUGGCCCACUGGCUUUCAGUUCUGCUGUUUAACUGGUGGGAGGACAAAAUUAACGGGACACUGA